AGCAAAAGGCUUUUACUUGAGCGGGUAAUUUCCCAUAAUUCUGUGCGUGGCUCUGGCGCUUUUAGGAGGUGUGUGUGGCUAAUUCUGAAAGUGCUCAGAUCACAAAGAUGUAUCGUCCGAAACCGACUCUGAAAGACAGACAGCACUUGUAUAAGCUGAUCAUCAGCCAGCUGCUGUAUGACGGUUACACCAACAUCGCCAACAGCCUCAUAAACGAAGUGAAGCCGCAGAGUGUGGUGUCUCCAUCUGAGCAACUUAUGCAACUCGCAAAGAUCGGAAUGGAGAAUGAUGACAGUGCAGUGCAGUAUGCUAUUGGACGCUCCGACACGGUGGCACCUGGUGUGGGCAUCGACUUGGAGUUUGAUGCCGAUGUGCAAACCAUGUCUCCGGAGGCCUCAGAGUACGAGACGUGUUAUGUGACGUCACACAAAGGGCCAUGUCGUGUGGCCACUUACAGCCGAGAUGGACAGCUCAUUGCCACUGGCUCUGCGGACGCCUCUAUUAAAAUCUUGGACACAGAACGUAUGUUGGCCAAGAGUGCCAUGCCCCUGGAGGUGAUGAUGAACGAGACGGCGCAGCAGAACAUGGAGAAUCACCCGGUUAUCCGAACCCUGUAUGACCAUGUAGAUGAGGUCACUUGCUUGGCCUUCCACCCCACCGAGCAGAUCCUGGCCUCGGGAUCCCGCGAUUACACUCUCAAACUGUUUGACUACUCCAAGCCCUCAGCAAAAAGAGCUUUCAAAUACAUCCAGGAAGCAGAAAUGCUGCGCUCCAUCUCCUUCCACCCAUCAGGAGAUUACUUGCUGGUGGGCACUCAGCAUCCAACACUACGCCUUUACGAUGUCAAUACGUUCCAGUGUUUUGUGUCAUGCAACCCUCUGGAUCAGCACACCGAUGCCAUCUGCAGCGUGAGCUACAACCCAGGAGCUAACACCUACGUCACAUGCAGCAAGGAUGGAAGCAUCAAGCUGUGGGAUGGCAUCUCCAACCGAUGUGUGUCCACAUUCGAGAAAGCGCAUGAUGGGGCUGAGGUCUGCUCAGCCGUCUUCUCCAAAAACUCAAAGUACAUUCUGUCCAGCGGCAAGGACUCUGUGGCCAAGCUGUGGGAGAUCUCCACUGGUCGCACACUGGUCAAGUACACAGGAGCAGGACUGAGUGGCCGUCAGACACACCGCACGCAGGGCGUCUUUAAUCACACAGAGGACUAUGUGCUGUUGCCGGAUGAGCGAACGGUCAGCCUGUGCUGUUGGGACUCGCGCACAGCUGAGCGGAAGAACUUGCUCUCACUUGGCCAUAAUAAUAUUGUGCGCUGCAUCGUGCACUCUCCCACUAACCCAGGCUUCAUGACGUGCAGCGAUGACUUCCGUGCCCGCUUCUGGUACCGCCGGACCACCACAGACUGAGCAGUCAUUGGGCUGCACAUGAGUUUCAGGUCUGUGUGCAGGAAAAGCUUAGAUGUACCAUAAGUCAUUUAACAGAUAGUAUGGUCUUGGAGGUAUCAGGACUGUAGUUGUUGUGUCUGAACAUCACCUCUAGAGAGCACCAUUGUACUCUGAGGAACUUGUAGAGGAACUUUGGCAUUUUUAAGCUUCCGUGUCAUUCUUAUAAGCUUAAUGAAGCUUUGUCCUGUGUGGUAUGACGUGAGUUCUUUGUCAGGGACAAGUGAAUUUGUCAUUUUCUCAGUUCAUGAUUGACAGAUUGGAUUUUUUUUUUUUUAAAUAAAAUAAAUAAAUCGUUUUCAUUGUAAAACAAA